AUGCCAACCAUGCCGCUGAAGUCGUUGUUCAAGAGAAAGCGUCGUAACAAGAUCUCCUCCAGAGGGAAUGAACUAAAUGAAGAGUACGACCCAGUGAUGGUAGAACCUGAGCACGCUGCUCAGUCUACAAGCGAACAAAAGCCAUUGCUCGACGCAAAGAAAGCACAAAGUCGCAAAAGGUUCGAGGCUGCAAAGCGAAUGUUUGGUUCUCAGUCUACUCCAAGUGAACAGGAGGCAAGAGAAACAUCAGUGACUCCUGAAAAGAUUUCGCGCUUUCAGCCCAACGUGUCCCGAGGAGUCGAGAGUAGAAGGGAUACCAGUAUGCACCAGGUGUUCCCCCCAUUGCAGCCAAAAGACUCGGACGAGGUUGAUCUCGAUGACGUCGAGGAGAAGGCUCCUGAAAAGAGCCCAAGGACACCACAGAGGCACCACCAAAUACCCCAAGCUCGAAAAGACGUUCAUAGACUCGGGAAAGAGCAUACUUUACCUAGUCAGCGUGUGGCUUGGACAGGAUCUGUCGUUGGAUUCACGCAGAGCAGUGCUUCGUUUGGACAGAAACAAUCUCAUGAUAAAUAUUCAGCACAAUCGAAGUUUUCUUCUUUUGCGCAGGGUGAUGAUGACACCGCACAAUACGAGGAGAUUGACAACAAGGACUACCUCAUAGAGAGCGACGAUGAGUCGAACGAGGCCGAUGAAUCUCCUACAGGUAUCAAGCAAGAUCAGUAUGCGAGUAACGACUUUACGAGCUUUGGAGAAAGCUAUUUCGCUAGCGAGAGCGCAAAGCAACACAAUAUUGGUGUUUUUCAGAAUCCUGAACAACAUGCCAAAUCUCAUCGAAUGGCGACAUCCCCGAGACAAGCAGCACGACAACGAAGCAUUGACAAGCAGCAUAGAAAUGACAAUUCAUCGCCUUUGAAUUCUGCUCCAUCCAUGGAUAGCUACUUGUUGCGAGGCACCGAGUCUGACAGUGUCCUAUUCGGCGAGGGCCUGGCACCAUCUGCCUCUGAAGAUUUCUUUGCUGGACUUGAUGCUGAAGAAGAGACGAAUCCAAGCGAGCACAUGUCUACAAACAACAGCUUGAUCGACAACAGUUUGAUUGAAGAAGCCAGUGUUAGCAUCGAGUCGCGUCAGCCCGAUAGUAGAGCUGACUAUUCACAUUCUCAGUUUCAGAAUGACUUCACCAACUCAGUGCGCCACGGUUGGGACUAUUUGGAGCAAGCGGUGUCCAUUGAUAAAGAUGAGCGACAAGGUGGCUUUACCAAGACUGUGCAGACUGUACGCGAGAGCUGGGACUACUUGGAACACAGUUUGUCUGCGAAGUCUGCUGAUUCUGAAUUCGAUGAUAUGGUGAUGACUAUCCGUCAGAGCUUUAGUAACAUCACGGAAGACCUUGCUACUCAAGUUGAACGUGCUUUGCCUUCAAGCACUCUUAUUCCGGACCAAACACUGACAAGCAGGCAAGACGAUCUCCUUAACACCGUCAUCAACAAUAUGAGCUUCUUCAACGAGGAUAGUACAGACGAAGAGCUUGAACAAGAACUGUUUGGAGCACCCAAAGAGACCACCAAUGCCAUAAAAGAAGUUCCAACAAAUCCAAAGGAUCCGGAUGAAAUUCUUGACGAGGUAUUGGAAAACUGGAGCCUCACUUCGGACAAUCCGACAGAUCAAAAAGAACAAAAUUCAUCUGAUUUCGCCAACGAGGUACCAAACGAGGUACCAAGCGAGGUACCAAGCGAGGAACCAAGCGAGGAAUCAAACGAAGAGCCGGAUUUUACCAACGAGAGUGGCUUCAUUGCUACUGUGCGCCAAACUUUGAGCUAUUUGACCGAUGACGGCGGGGAUGAAGAGGACGAGAAUGGGUCAUCAAUGAGUAGAUCUCAUACUGAAGAAGUCAAAACAAGUCGCGAAGAGAAACACGAAAAGAAGGAAUCGGGUGGACUCCUCAAGAGCUGGAGCUUUCUUUCCUCUGGAUCCCGUGACGAUGAUGACUCAAGAAGCGCAUCAGAUACUUCAAGCAUCGGUACGGCCAGUGAUGAUGAUGAGUCUGCAGUCUACAAAGACGAUUUGUCAGUCGAUUAUUCGGAUGCACCUAGCGAUGAAGAAGGCCUUUCAAUUGGUGGCCUUUCUAGGGGCCAAGGUGGCAUGCUAGACCAAGUACUUGAUCAUUGGAGUUACUUUGCAGCAGCAACCGGGCUUCCAGAAGAUCUUGAUGAGUUUGAUGAUUUUGAUGACUACUCCUCUACGCACUCGGUUAGUGAAAGCGACGAGUCAACGAUUGUUGAAGAAAGAAGGAUGAGGGGUCGCAGCAGAAAAGCCUCACCAAAGACAAAUCGUCGCCAGGAAGCCGCGCCAAAGGCAAGUCGUCGCAAGAAAAAGUCAUCCAAGAGCAAAAGACGGGCGAUUCCGGAGACUGUCUUCAGCACCGUUGAUGACAGCGAAUCUUCAGUGGAUCAAGACUUACCGCCAUCAACGGGCAUGGUGGUGAAUAUUCCUUUGCAACCUUUGAUUGUGCACACAUCAGAACAAGUCAAUGGUCCGUCCGCAGCGGAAAAGACGAUUGAAGGCGAUGUGGUACCGGUAGCUCAAGAAACCGAGAAAGCAAGUGCCGAAAAAGAAGAUUCCUCGAAUUCUGAUGUUGAAGAUGCAGAAGCGAAGCUCGAAGCGUCUGACGAAGAGCUAUUGAAGGAUGAGCAAAUCGAGGAGAAGACUGAUGAAGAGACCGUCUCUGCAGAAAGCACCGCGUCUGAUUCUGUUGAGGAGGAAAUUCAAAGAGCCCAGGAGAAGGCACUACUAGCCCUCGAAGAAGAAAUGGAGUCUUCCGGCUCCGCAGUCGUGACCGGUCCGGUGCUGGUGGAAUCGACGGAGGUGGGCGAACCUGGAGAAUAUGGAAAGAUGAAUGCAGACGAAGAGAGCAUUGAAUCGAUUGGUUGCGCGACAGCGACAGAGAAUGUCAGCGUGCAAUCAAUUCAAGAUGCAGAUGAUGAUGUAUCAGAAGUCUUUGACGCUGACAAUGUGUCAGAGAGCGGUUUGGAUGAUGCUGAAGAAAUCGAAAGGAAGACAGACGAAGAUGAAUCGGUAGAGAGUGCAUCGGUAGAGAGUGAGAGUGCUGCGACCGUAAGCGAGUCUUUGGAAGACUUGGGCCAUGAACGUAGCUACUUCUCCGAAAGUGAGGGCGAAAGUGAGGAUGGCAGUGAGUAUACUGCUGAAUAUUCCGACGAAUCUUCCAGCACUGGACCCAUCAAAAAGACCUACUCUGCUUCGAGCAUGAAAUCCGCAGUCUCGUCGAGGUUCGGUCAGCCAGGUUCAACAACAGAUGAUAUAAACACAGCAGCCAAGGUGAAAUCUACAAAAGGGCAAACUGGCAGAGUUGUUGACUGCCCACGUUCUUCCAAACGCUCUAAUCAAUCCCGAAAGAAGCGGAACGACGAAGAGUCGGAGGCGUCGCAACCCCAUCGCCGAAGGUUGGUAUAG